GGGGCCAAUAACAGAGUACUCGUUAACCACGUGAUCUGAAAGUGAAAGAGAAAGGUGUUUAUGUUGUUUUCUUCACAGAAAUGGGGACUGCGCCGAAAAUGUACUUUUAUUUGUUGCUGAUAGUUUUCAUCUGUGACGGGUUCAAUGUCCACGGUCCACCUGGUCCUCUCAUUGUUCAGCUGGGAGACUCAGUGAUGCUGCCGUGCUUUGUGAAAACUCCUCUUCCAUUGGAAGAACUUGAAGUGGAGUGGAAAAGAAAUGACAGUGAAACUCUAGUGCACUUGUGGCAGGAUGGAGAGAGUCGACCAGAGUCUCAGAACAAUCAUUAUUAUGAAAGAGCUCAUUUUUUCACAGAGGAGAUCGCUCAUGGAAACUUCUCCCUCCUGCUUACAGAUGUGACCCGUAAAGAUGCAGGAGUUUAUAAGUGUGCUGUUUACACAAAGCUGGAUUCUGGAGAAACUCUGAUUGAAAUAAAGGAGAUUGAGCGCUUGAUCGUCUCUGGAGCCCACAUUAUAUCUGCCUAUGCAGGUGAAGAUAUCACUCUGAAUUGCUCUGUAGACUCUCAUAUCACACCAGAAAAGAUAGAAGAUGUGUCAUGGAAGAAAACUGAUGAAGAUAUCUUAGUGCUGCUCUAUCAGGAGGGUACGAUCCUGACAGACUCGACCAGUGAGAGAUACGUGGACAGAGUAGAAUUCUUCAGUGCUGAAGAAAGAAUGAAAGGAAACUUCUCUUUGAGACUGAAGGAUGUCCGAACAGAAGACAAAGGGCUGUAUAUGUGUUUAGUGUUCUCUGGGGAAUUAUCAGCUAACACAACUGUGGAGAUACAGCAGCUGGGUCUUUCCUUUCUGCAUAUUGCAAUUUUGAUUUUGUGUAUUCUUGGAUUUGUAAUCGGAUCACUUAUACUAGGCUUCCUAUCUUACACAUCUUAUAAAAAGGAAGAUGACAGCAGGAGAGCGCUAGCUGUACAGUGUGCACAUGUUCUUAUUCCUAAUAUUACUAUGUCCAUUGUCUUUAUCAUCUGGGGUGUUACUGAGGGUUUUUUUAAAGAAGCAGCAACUUGUUCAGCGCUUAAUUUUGUUCGGAUCCUUUUCCUUCUUUGGACAGCACUCCAUUUGAAAACAUUUCAAGAUUUUCCCCGCCGAUUAAUUAACCACUUCCCAAUUUCACUACAGUAUACUGUGAUAACAGCUGUUGCUUAUUUUCGUAUUUUUGUGGAUAUCUUUUCUUAUAUCACAGACACUUUACUAAAAGUGAUUCUGUCACUUCCACCAAGUUUUCUUCUGCUUGCUCUCAUUAUAGGAUGCUGUAGAAGGAUUCAUACAAUUCCAAUGGUUUACAUAGCUAUAGAAUCUAGCAAUUUCGGAAGAAUGAUGGUCAUUGUAUGGCGAUAUGGACUUCAUCAAAUAAAUGUGGCUGCAGCAAUUUUCACUCUCUUCUUUCCAAUCUUGUCAUUGCUUUGGGUUUAUUUUUGUAAUAUUCCCAAACGUUGGAAUUAUUUAUUCUGGGUAUCAGUGAUGUUCAUCCUGGAGGUUCUAAGUACAUCAGGGUCAAUCUACCUCCAUUAUGAUGUAAAGAUUGAUAUGAAAGAACAUGACGCAUUGGUCUGUGUGAAUGCAUUCCUCCACAUCUUGACCCUGAUUGUACUGUUUACACAUUUAAACAAUUUACCAGCACAACAAUCUGAGUCCAGAAACACAGGAACACAGCGAUGUCAUUUGGUUGUGUUCAUGUUUGGUACAGUGGGGGUUGUGUUUGUGAAUGCUGUUGUGUUAUCAGUAGAGCUGAUCCUAAAAGCACGAAAUGGUGAGCGUACAGUGGAUCUGCGACUUAUUCUCCUACCGAUUGAAAGUGUAUUUGCUGUGUGCUGCCUUGCUUUACAAAUAUCUGCUUUCUGGAAGAAGAAAAGAGAAAGGUUUAGAGAAGACAUAGAGAAGCUGCGACAGCUGUGUGUGUGUAAACAGAGACAGAGGGAUUCACCUCCACAAAGUAAUGAACAUGAACUGGAGAAUCUGGCUUCUGUUCCUCAGCCCUCAGGGUCUUAGCAGGUGCUUACAUGCACUACACAUAAUAUACAAUAUGUAUUUAUUAUAUAUAUAUAUAUAUAUAUAAGUAUAAAUGUAGAUAUUAUAUAUAUGUAUCAUUGAUGAUGAAAUAAUAAUGUGUAUUUCAUUAGUAACCUGCCUGCUAAUUAAUCUUUUAAUGAUGCAGAAUGUAGGAAAAGUAUAUUUAUUGUUUUUGAAAAAAACAUUGUUUCAUUUGCAUUUCAAAACGAAUGAGUCAUGACGUGCUGUGUGUGCACUGAAUUUUUAAAAUUUUUAAAAUAUAAAAUGUGGCGUAUAUGUAUAUAGAGUUUUUUUACUUUCUUUAUGAAUCAAAGUUUACAGGAUAAUAUUUUGUUUCAUGUUGCUUGUUUAUGUUAUUGUUACCAAUUCUUGUACUGUACUGGAUUAUUAUUAUUACUGAUACUGAAUUUAGCCAUAUGAAUGUGGAGCUUCCUGGUUUGUUAUAAUAAUGAAACAAAUAUUAAUUCAUUAAUAUUGUUUCAUCACAGUCUUUUUUAUCAUUUUGACUACAGAUGUUGUGUUUUAUUGUUCUACACUUAUUCUGAUUUAAACCAUGACUUUUCUAAGGAAGGCCUCUAACACACUGAUAUUAGAUUUAUAUUAAAAUAAUGCAGAAUGAA